AUGUCAUCAAAUAUGCAAAAAGACAUUGUCAAUGCUUGUGCAACUGAAACUAUCAACAUUAUUACUCGAGAUCUUGGAGAUGCUUUGUUUUCUAUUUUAUUUGAUGAAGCUCGUGAUGUACCAGCUAAGGAACAGAUGGCUAUUGUUAUACGCUAUGUGGACAAGAAUGGACAUGCGGUGGAGCAUAUUUUGGGUAUUGUACAUGUUACUGACACUAGUGCUUUAUCACUAAAAGCAGCCAUAGAUGCAUUGUUUUCCAAACAUAGCUUAAGCAUAUCAAGAUUGCGAGGCCAAGGCUAUGAUGGGGCAAGCAACAUGCGAGCACUUGUAGCUGUUGUAAAAACUGAUGUAUCUAUUGCAUUACUCUUCACUUUAGUUUCAAAUAUGGUGAAUGUUGUUGGUGUUUCUUGUAAAUGUUAUGAUAUUCUUCAAGAAUCUCAAGUUAUUAGAGUUUUAGAAGCACUUGAAAAUGAUUUGCAGCUUCAGGAGCUUAACAAUCAUUCCAAUGAAGUGAAUACAGAGUUACUUUUAUGUGUUGCUUGUUUGAGUCAGAAUGAUUCCUUUUCAGCUUUUGAUAAGGAAAAAUUAUUGCGCUUUACUCAAUUUUACCCGAUUGAAUUUUCUAUAGUACAGCUUGUUGCUCUUGACAAUCAACUGGAGACAUAUAUUCUUGAUAUAAAGUCCAAUGCUAAGUUUUCAAAUUUGAUAGGAAUUAGCAAUCUUGCUGAAAAAAUGGUGAAGACAAAAAGGAAUGUGUUAUAUCCUUUGGUUUAUAGGCUUAUAACAUUGACCUUAAUUCUACUUGUUGCAAUAGCUUCUGUCGAGAGAGCAUUUCUGAUAUGA